AUGACAAUAUCUACUUUCGAUCACGUGUCUGCGGGGCGACUUAGACGGAUUGCGCGUCAUCUCGCCUUCCCAAAUUUUCCCCUUCUGCAGUUCGAAUCCAAAACAUCUAUCUAUAGUACAGAGUACGAGCGAAAGAUGUUUAACUCGGUGAAUCUGGGCAACUUCUGUUCCCAGUCGCGUAAAGACCGGACUUCCGAGUUUGGUGACAGGACAGGCUGCGCGUCUAACAUCUACCUCCCCAGCUGCACCUACUACGUCCCCGAAUUUUCCGCCGUAUCUUCGUUUCUUCCACAGGCCCCGUCGCGGCAGAUUAGCUACCCUUAUUCCACAAAUCUUUCUCAAGUACAACCGGUGCGGGAAGUUUCAUAUGGCUUGGAUCCUGCGAGUAAAUGGCACCCCAGAAGCAAUUAUGCACCGUGCUAUUCUGGAGAGGAUUUGGUGCAUAGGGACUGUCUCCCACCAUCCACCAUGACCGAAAUGCUUAUGAAGAACGAGAGCGUGUACAGCCACCACCAUCACCAUCCAGGCUCCAACCAUCCCUCCGCUGGAUUCUACUCCGGUGUGGGGAAAAACAAUGUCCUCCCUCAAGGUUUCGAUCGCUUCUUCGAAACCGCUUACUGCAGCGCGGACAAUCAGCCGGACAAUUGUUUACAAAAGGGCGAGGCGAGUAAACUGGAAACGGAAUCCCAGCAGCCCUCCUCUCUACCCGGCGCCAGAGACCAGGAAAAGGAGCGAGAAGAUGAGGAGGAACAUACAAUUUCGGGCUCGUGUACUUCUUCAGUCACCAAGGAAGGCAGCAGCACCAAGAACAGCCACUCCAGCACCCCUCGUACAAGGAAGAAGAGAUGCCCUUACUCCAAAUUUCAGAUUCGAGAGCUGGAGCGGGAGUUCUUCUUUAACGUUUACAUCAACAAAGAAAAGCGGCUUCAGCUGUCACGAAUGCUGAACCUCACCGACCGACAGGUUAAAAUCUGGUUUCAGAAUAGAAGAAUGAAAGAAAAGAAGCUGAGCCGAGACCGCCUGCAAUACUUCUCGGGGAAUCCCUUAUUGUGAGCCGCAUUUGCGUUUAAUGUCAUGGUCCUCCUGACCAGUGACAAAUAGAAAUAUACUUAUCUCGUUGAGUUGUGUUUGUGGGCAUUACCAAGAUUUAAAAUGAAGCCCAUAAUACCAACAGUGCAAUGUAAAAAGGACAGUCUAAAUUGUUAUGCCCGCAUGGAACAAGUCGCCAUUUUCUUACCUACGGGCGGUGGUACAUUUCUAUCUCAGAGAGGUCAAUGGGUGGUUUAAGAUUAUACUUUUUAUUACCAAUACUGGUCUUCCAUAAUCUAUACCAUCUAUUUACCAUGAUUUUUUUGUUUGUGUUUAUUCUAUGGUUCAUUUAGGGCAAUUAUAGAAAAAAAAAAUACUCCUGGACCCCUAUCUGCCGGAGUUACGCCUAACCUUUCCUCUCCUCUGGUAUAUGUAUAUAGCAUAUUAUUAAAAAAUAAUGUUUUCUACCAGAUAAUGGACAAUAAGACAUUACAGGCAGUAUGUUGCCAUUCAUUACUGUGAGAUUAAAUCUGUGAAAAAGUAUCCCAUGUACAGAUUAGCCUAUGCAAAUGCACUCAUUCUGUAAAUAGGUCGAUGUAAAAAUGGCAAUCCCCCCCGCCCCCCUGCUGCUAUAUCACCAUCACACUGCCCUUGCAACGAUACCAGCUUUAAUGCAAGCCAUUAAAUUAUUAGCGUUUAACAUUGGUGCUUUUGUGAUCAGAGAAGAGGAAAAUGUUGUCGGGCUGUGUAUCAUUAAUAUAAGAAUACAUAUGGAAUAAACAA